CUCCAAUCAAUUCAAUUGUACUUGGAAGCCUCUCUUUCCCUCUCAUAAACCCCUUUUAAAUACCCUUCUCUCCCCUAAAACCCACUCAAUUUCACCAUUACUCCGGCCUUCAUCUCUCGAGCGUCUCCGCUCAACCCAGUCUCAGCCCUCUUAGGGCGUCAAUUCCGUCAAUCCGGGCGCGAAAUUCGGAUCCGGGUCGUCCCCUGCUCUCCUCAUGGACCCGCCGUUGGUCAACGAGUCCUCCUUCUCGACGGCGAACCCCUCGUCCUACAGUCUGGCCGAGAUUUGGCCGUUUCAUGUCGCCGCCGGUGAUGGGAUUGUCGGGGAGAAGGGUUUGGGCCUGAGAAUUGGCGGGUGUGGUGAGGCCUCCUCUAACCGCGACGCGUCCGUCGACGAAUCGACGGUGACGGAACAGAGUGGGAGUCGCGGUAAGCGAAGAGACGCCGCUUCCGAGGAUGAGUCGUCGAAGCAUGUUUCUACCAGUAGUGGCAAUGACUUGGUGAAUUUGAAUGGCAAGCGCAUGAAAGUAUCAAGAUCUAGAGAUGAAAAUGGUGGUUCAAAAGGUGAAGCAAGUUUGGGGGCCGAUAAAAAUCCAAUUGAAGAAGCUAAGCAUUCCGAGCCGCCCAAGCAAGACUAUAUCCAUGUGAGAGCGAGAAGAGGCCAGGCUACUGAUAGCCACAGUCUAGCUGAAAGAGCUAGGAGAGAAAAGAUCAGUGAGAGGAUGAAGAUUCUGCAAGAUUUGGUCCCUGGAUGUAAUAAGGUUAUUGGAAAAGCAUUAGUCCUUGAUGAGAUAAUCAACUACAUCCAGUCAUUACAGCGUCAGGUUGAGUUUCUUUCAAUGAAGCUUGAGGCAGUUAACGUAAGGAUGAACCCUGCCAUUGAAGGAUUUCCUUCAAAAGAAGUUGGGGCGCAAACAUUUGAAGCUUCUGGGAUGAUAUUUGGCUCGCAUGCAACAAGAGAAUAUGUCCAAGGGUCACAGUCCGAAUGGCUGCAUAUGCAGGUUGGUAGCAGUUUUGAAAGGGCAACGUGAUUAACCCUUCUUUGUUGGCGGUAUGGCCAGAAAUUUAGUUUAGUUAGUCAUAGCAAGAGGGGGCUUAGUUGUAUGUUCUGCAAAGCUGUGUGUCCUACAUGCACAACAAUUAGCUCUGUAACCACAAUACUGUAUGCUGAGUAGAAAAUGGGUUCUAUCUAGAUAUGUAUCCCCCAAUCUAGUUGGAUUCUCUCCCCCAUAAUAUUACCAGCAAAAUUUUAGGGUGAAUAUAGUUGAACUCUCUGGAGUCUUGAUGCUGUUUAAUAGUCACGUUGUUUGUAAGUCAGUGAACCUCAGGGUAAAGAAAGAACGAUAGCAGAAACUGAUGAUUGUAAAAUUUAAACAUGAUUUGGUUCACAAACAAGAUGAACUAUUUCAAAACUGCUUUGGGAAGCAAAACGCAGCUGUAUAUUUCUAUGUAA